AUGUAUGUGAAAUGGUUUGAUACAGUAAUGGAAUACUAUGUGAUUUUAGUGAAUGUCACUUUUUGUCAUUUUUGAAUUUCCCGCCGUUCCGUCCCCCGUACGUCCCGACGCUCACAGGGGACGGAACCCAGAUGACAGAUGCCGGCAUCCGCCGGAUUACAUUGUCAGGGACACUGCAGGAGGGACAUCGUGGGAGCGCAGGACAAGGUAAGUGAAGAAGAGAUCCCGGAGCAGCACUGCAGGGUAUUCCCGAGUGUGGCUUGGGGUUACUGCUUGUGGUGCUGAAACUUUACCCCGAGCUACACUCGGGAAUACCGCCAGGGAGGUUAA